AUGAAUUUGUUCUUGUUUUGGAUGAUUGUAUCCAUAUUGAUUAUUAAACGAUUUUAUCGGCUCUCAUUUCUGCUGCUUAGCUCAAUGCGCCAUCCGCAGAUCUCGGAUCAUUGGAAUUCGCUUUGCUUGUUUCUCCGUUCUAUUUUUCCCCCGUCAAACUGGUCUGGCAUCAGGCAUAAUAUAAAGGCUUUCUUAGGCGUACUCACCCUACGUCACAUUCAGAGGUUUUGUGCGGGGAUCUCCACUAGGGCUUGCUUGCCUUGGAUUGAUCCUCCUCCUCCUCCUACGACUUCUACUAGUCCUCCUACUCCUAUUAGCCCUCUCUUUUCUUCCUCGAGCACGCCUUCUGGGCAUAAUAUAAAGGCUUUCUUAGGCGUACUCACCCUACGUCACAUUCACAGGUUUUGUGCUGGGAUCUCCGCUAGGGCUUGCUUGCCUUGGAUUGAUCCUCCUCCUCCUCCUACUCCUACUACUAGGGCUUGCUUGCCUUGGAUUGAUCCUCCUCCUCCUCCUACUCCUACUACUAGGGCUUGCUUGCCUUGGAUUGAUCCUCCUCCUCCUCCUACUCCUACUACUAGGGCUUGCUUGCCUUGGAUUGAUCCUCCUCCUCCUCCUACUCCUACUACUAGGGCUUGCUUGCCUUGGAUUGAUCCUACUCCUCCUCCUACUCCAACUCCUACUCCUCCUCCUACAACUACUGCUGCUCCUGCUCCUACUCCUACUCCUAUUCCUGUUGCUGCUGCUGCUUCUUUAUUAAUGUUGUGCUGCCAAAUACUGCAUUAA